AUGAGCGACUCCAGCGGCACGCCGCAGUCAUCGUCGCUGCAGGGCCUUUACCUGACCAUUGGUCCUGUGGCCGUAGUUUCGGCCAUUUACUUCAUCAUCUUCUUGGUGCUCCGUCGUAGCCAGCCUCGCUGGUAUGCGCCGCGUACCUAUCUUGGCUCUCUCAAAGAGGAAGAGCGCACUCCCAAACUCCCCAAUGGCUUCGUGAACUGGUUUCGGAAUUACUUCCACCUGCCUGAUGUGUACGCCCUGCAGCAUCAGUCCCUGGAUGCGUACCUGUUCCUCCGUUUCCUGCGCAUGACGGUCAUCGUCACCUUCGUGGGCUGCCUCAUCACCUGGCCCAUCCUCUUCCCCGUCAACGCCACCGGCGGCGGCGGCCAGAAGCAGCUGGACAUUCUGUCCUACUCCAAUGUCGACAGCAGCACGUUCAAGAAGCGCUACCGCUACUUUGCGCACCUCUUUGUCUCUUGGGUCUACUACAUUUUCAUCAUGUACUUGAUCUUCCGCGAAUUCGUCUUCUACAUCAACCUGCGCCAGGCCUUCCUGCUCAGCCCCGUCUACUCGCAGCGCAUGUCCUCCCGCACCGUGCUGUUCACCUGUGUGCCCGAGGCUCUCUGUGACGAGCGCCGCGUGCGCAAGGUGUUCGGCGCCCACGUGCGCAACGUCUGGAUCAACCGCGACACCAAGGAGCUCGACGAGCAUGUCAAGGACCGCGAUAAGGCGGCUUUCCGCCUCGAGAAGGCCGAGGUCAAGCUCAUCAAGGCCGCCAACAAGGAGCGCCAGAAGGCCCUCAAGAAAGGCAACGCCCCCGAGAUUAAGGACAACGUGGCUGCUGCGCCCGGUGAGGGCGAGUCGGGCAGUGUUGCUGCCCGCUGGCUCGCGCGCAAGAAGCGCCCUACCCACCGCACCGGUCUCCUGGGCCUGAUUGGCAAGAAGGUCGACUCCAUUGACUACUGCCGGUCCGAAAUUCAGCGCCUUUCGCCCCUGAUUGUCCGUGAGCAGGCCGCGUACCACGCUGGCACGCCCAAGCCUGCCUCUGCCAUUUUUGUUGAGUUUGACAACCAGGCCGCUGCCGAAAACGCCUACCAGUCCCUGGCCCACCACGAGGGCCUGCACAUGGCGCGCUUCAUCGGCAUCACGCCCUCGGACGUCAUCUGGUCUUCGCUCAACCUCCCCUGGUGGCAGUUGGUUAUCCGUCGUUAUGCCGUUCUUGCCUUCAUUGCGGCGCUCAUUAUCUUCUGGGCUAUCCCUGUCGCUGUCGUCGGUGUGAUCAGCAACGUCAACUACCUCGAGACCAUCUCGUUCCUCACUUGGCUGAAGAAGGUGCCCCAGGUCAUCAUGGGCUUCAUCACCGGUCUUUUGCCCUCGGUCGCUCUGUCCAUUCUCAUGUCGCUCGUGCCCGUCGUCAUGCGUCUGUGCGCCCGUCUGGCUGGCGAGCCCUCCACCGCCCGCGUCGAGCUGUUUACCCAAAACGCCUACUUUGCCUUCCAGGUUGUCCAGGUGUUCCUCGUCACGACGGUCGCCUCGUCCGCCUCGGCCGUUGGCAAGCAGAUUGCCAGCAACCCGGGCUCCGUCACCAGCCUGCUGGCCACCAACCUGCCCAAGGCGUCCAACUUCUACAUGUCGUACUUCAUCGUCCAGGGCCUGACAGUCGCUGCUGGUGUCAUCUCGCAGGUCGUGGGCUUCUUCAUCUUCCACCUCAUGUACAAGUACCUCACGGGCACUCCUCGCGGCAUGUACCAGAAGUGGGCCAGCCUCAGCACCAUCUCGUGGGGCAGCACUCUCCCGGUCUACACCAACAUCGCUGUCAUUGCCAUCACGUACUCGGCCAUUGCGCCCCUGGUGCUCGGCUGGGCGUGCUUGGGCAUGGCCUUCUUCUACUUCGCCUACCGCUACAACGUCCUGUUCGUCACGGACACGCAGAUUGACACGCGCGGUCUCAUCUACCCGCGUGCCCUGAAGCAGCUCAUGACGGGUGUCUACCUGUCGGAGAUUUGCAUGAUUGGUCUUUUCGGUGCUUCCGUUGCCCCGAUCCAGCUCGCUCUGCAGGUUGUUUUCCUGGUGUUCACUGUGCUCUUCCACAUCAGCUUGGUGUCGGCCCUCGACCCUCUUCUGUACAACAUGCCCCAGAGCCUGUUGGCCGAGGAGGAGGCCCGCCGCAUUGGCGAUGUUGAGCGCGUGCCUGCUGGCGGUGUUGCUCCUGUUGGCGUUACUGGCAACGGCCCUAUCCCGGCCGAGAUUGCUCCCGCCGGUGCCUCGGGCGCGGGCGUGAAUGUCGCUCAGAACCGCCCUGCGGAGAGCAACACCGUGGUGAGCCCGGCAUCGACUCAGGGUGGCGCAGAAUACGAGAAAUAUGGUGACGCUGGGGCUCCUAUCGGUGUUAAGGGUGCCAACGGUGCCAAUGUUGCCAACGGUGCCAACGCGGAUGUUGGCGCCCAUGGCCACACGGGUGCUCUUACUGGGCCUCCUCCCAAGGGCAACAUUCUUCUCCGUUUCCUCAAGCCUUGGGUGUUUUCCAACUACGAGUCCAUGCGCGAGCUGGUUCCGGACCACGCAAACAAUGUGAACUUUGGGAACAUGUACACCCCAGAGGUUGAGCGGAAUGCCUACGUUCCGCCGUCGGUGGGCAGCGAGCCCCCGUUGCUUUGGAUUCCCGAGGAUCCUGCCGGUGUCUCGAAGCAGGAGAUUGCCCACACGCAGCCCUACAUCAAUAUCACGGAUGCUGGCGUCACUUUGUCUGAGAAGGGCAAGAUUGAAUGGGACCAGGACAACAUGCAACCUCCCAUCUACACUGAGCGCGUCCUCUACUAA